CAAGCUUUUUCCAGGAGACUUGAGCAUGCUAUAGUGUGGUACAGAUGGUGCAAGAAAAAACCCUUUAAUGUUCUUGUCAAUGUCAUUGGCAUCACACUUCACAUGGCUUUUUCCAGCAGGUUGGGAAUGGAUGGAAGCAGGAGAAACAGUAUGUGUUUAGAUACCUUAAUUGCUGUGUUAUGCAAUAUAUAAAACAAACACACGCACCUCAUUUACAUAGACAAACUGGACUACCGGGGAAUUAUUUUCGAGUGUUUCUGGGUACUUCACAAGAAGCUUUAAAGGGUUACUGACCCCUAUGUCGUUCCAAACUCAUUUGAGAAAAAAAAAAAAAAAACGGGUUGUUUAGAUGAAUGUUUGAGCUGCUUACACUGAAAGUGGAGAGUAACCAGGGCUGUCAAGCCCAAAAUUACAAAAAGUAUUAAAAAAAAAUUAUACAAUUUGUGCAGUGCGUUUCAUGUCUUUUGAAGGCAUACAAUAGCUUUUUGUAAGGAACUGGCUGAAAUUUAAGUCAUUCGCUGAUAAUCUUGCUUAACAGCUGUGGUCACCAUUCAUUUUCAUUUUGGACACUCUGUAAAAUAUCUCCUUUCAUGUUGCAUAGAAGUAAGUCAUGCAGGUUUAAUAAGGGGUCUGCCAGUGACAGAAAAUAAUAUAUGACAUUUUUAACUAUUUUGUACUGACAGGUGAAAAUGUGGCCUACACCUCUAAUAGAAAUGCUGUAUCACACUCAGUGUGAUCAACUUUUAUCUCACGCACAGACACAGGCCUACAUGUGCUCGCAUGGACACUCGCAUUUCCCAACAGACAUACUAGACACUGCAUGGUGCAUAUAGAAGAAAAACACAGACGUGCACAUACACAGUCAGAACAGGGGCGUCUGUGUUGGAUCAGGCAUGGAGGCUUCCCACAUAAUUCCUGUGCAUAAAUUCCUGCGUGUGUGAGAUUAAUUUGAGAGGAAAAGUGCCCAGAAAAGACAGAUUCAUCUUAAUGUUUAUUUGAGUUGAACCCCAAGCUAGAGACCCCUCCUAGGGCUCCAAAUGAACUCGGUUUCCCUUACACAAACAUAUACACAGAUCAAGGUGUGUUUGUCUUUCCUACCCAAACUCUAGGUUUUUCGGAGCAGGUAUCCCCCUCCCCCCAAAACAGUCCAUACACCUCGGGGAGAUGGAUCUGAGGGCGUCUCGAAACUUAAGUCAUUAGGACUCACGCCGCAUUACAGUAUGACAUUGCCGGGGUUUGUGAUGCUGCUAUGCAUCCUGGGAGCUCAAGCCACUGUGGAUCUGAGAAAUGCUGCUGCUAUGGCUGCAGGCUUGUGUAACACCAAGCCCACUGAUGUGGUGUUCAUCAUCGACAGCUCUCGAAGCGUCCGCCCCUCAGAGUUCGAACAGGUCAAGGUCUUCAUGACCAAAGUAAUUGAUGGUUUGAACGUUGGGCCUGAUGCUACUCGUGUGGGCGUCGUAAACUAUGCCAGUCGAGUGAAGAACGAGGUCUCUCUGAAGUCCCACAAAACCAAAGCAGCACUGGUCAAAGCCGUGUCCAAGAUCGAGCCACUGUCCACCGGUACCAUGACCGGCCUCGCCAUCCAGUUUGCCAUGAAUGUGGCUUUCAGCGAAGCCGAGGGAGCGCGCAAAUCCCCUGACAUCAGCAAGGUUGCCAUUAUUGUGACCGACGGCAGACCUCAGGACAACAUCCGUGACAUUGCAGCAAGGGCGCGAGAGGCCGGCAUUGAGAUAUUCGCCAUCGGAGUGGGUCGCGUGGACAUGACCACGCUCAGACAGAUGGCCAGCGAGACUCUUGAGGAUCACGUGGACUACGCGGAGAGCUACAGCCUGAUUGAGAAGCUCACCAAGAAGUUCCAGGAGGCCUUCUGUGUGGUUGUGUCGGACCUAUGCGCGACAGGCGAUCAUGACUGUGAGCACACUUGCAUCAGCACACCCGGAUCUUUCAAGUGUGCCUGCAGAGAGGGAUUCACACUCCAGGGCGACGGCCGAUCAUGCAGCGCUUGCAGUAACGCAGCCACAGAUGUGGUCUUCUUGAUCGACGGCUCCAAGAGUGUGAGACCAGAGAACUUUGAGCUGGUCAAGAAAUGGAUCAACCUGAUCAUCGACAAACUGGACGUGUCAGAGACAAACACCCAUAUGGGACUGGUGCAGUAUUCCAGCACUGUGAAGCAGGAGUUCCCUCUGGGACGCUACAACAACAAAAAGGCCCUGAAAGAAGCAGUGAAAAAGAUGGACUAUAUGGAGAGGGGAACCAUGACUGGCCUGGCCAUCAGUUUCCUGGUGGAAAACAGCUUUACUCCUAACCAGGGCGCCAGACCCGGAGUGGCAAAGGUCGGUAUUGUCUUCACUGAUGGCAGGUCACAAGACUACAUCGGAGAUGCUGCCAGGAAGGCCAAGGAAAACGGCUUUAAGAUGUAUGCUGUGGGCGUUGGCAACGCUAUUGAGGACGAGCUGAAACAAAUCGCCUCUGAACCUGUCGCUGACCAUUACUUCUACACGGCAGACUUCAAAACCAUUAACCAAAUUGCCAAGAAGCUGCAAAUCAAUGUUUGUCAAGUGGAAGAUCCCUGUGAAUGUAAUUCCGUUGUCAAGUUCCAGAAAAAAGUGGAGGAGGCACUACAGGCAUUAACAAAGAAAUUGGAAGCUGUGACGAAAAGGAUCACUGCCCUGGAGAACAAGAUUGUUUGAGAAGGCACCAACAUCUAAUUCUCACACUGCCAUUCCUUUCUUUUCUUGUAAAAAACACCUCAUGUGACCUCUGACCCUAAUGCUUAAGUUCCUCUCCUGUCCUCCACUCCAAUUCUUUCUGCUACUCUGCCUUCAUCACUAUUGUCCAUGGGGAUGGAGCACUGAUUGUGAUGAUGACCAUGGUUUACCUGACCAAGCUUGCUCUGAAUUAUGGUCACCAAUCGACACAAUUCAAGGUGUCGAUAUUCAAACAGCCAUUCCCUCUAACAAAACCCUGUGUGUGUUGAGUUAAAAAUAUUCCCAUAUGGUCUGAGAAGGUCUUCACAUACAACCUGGACAAUAAAGUCUUCCCUGUGGGGAGGUGGUGUGUACAUUAAAUCCAGAGAAGGUUUCAUUCUGUCUUUGCUUUUCUCCAUUCUACCUUUCUCAAACACAUUCUCCCAGAUUUUGCCCCGAAAAUAUUAUUUUAUAUGGAAUAUAUAUAUAAUGGUAAUUUAAUAUAAGAUUGGACUUGAAAUAAAUGUGUGAAUACUUGAUAAUUUUCUCAGAUAAAACACUCCAUGAAGCACACACAAACGCAGACACAACACACACACACACAUGUAACUCACAGGCAAACAUUCACUGACUCGGCAAGUGCUAAACAUACCGCUUGUGAUGAUUCAAUAAAAUCCCAUUUUGUGUCUGUGUCUU